GGAGCGGGCGCGCACACGUAACGGAGAAAGUGCACACGCAAAAGGCGGAGGGAGGGACUGAGGAUCUGCGUGGAGCCGCGGGGCGCGAGCGGAAGACGCGAAGCGGGGCAGCGCGCAGGCAGAGCGGGCAUCCGCGCGAGCCGGACCAGCUGUGGUCCUAGCAUCACUUGAUCGGUGCGUUUACAUGUUUAUCAUAUGUUAUAAACCAAAGUAACACUGUCCCGGCGUUUACUCAAGACAAGGAAGGGAAGGGGAAAGAAUGCGAGGUGCUACGACAAGGCAGGCUGCGCUUCGGAUAGAGACACCGGACGGGGUUUAAAUCCCGGCGGAGGAGGAGCGUCCCGUGACUGGCACGAUUCGUCCCGGACAUGGUGGUUGCAGCAGCACCGAAGCUUGGGUAAGAGGAUUGAACUCAUAAGCCUCACAUCUUGAAGCUCGGGAAGGGGUUGAACAGAGCGACUCAGCUGCCUGCUGGAGGGGAUUCAAAUACAGCAGCCAUGUCCACCAGGGAGCGACGCUCAGAUCUACACAUCAAGGCAGAGCCCAGCAGUCCUGAGGCAGGUGGAGGAGGUGGUGGCAGCGGAGGGGGGCGGGCAAGCCCAGGAGGUGCAUCGUCAGACUCUUCCCAGAGUGGCGGGGGCGGAGCGGGUAACAAGAGAGCGGAGAGUAGCGGCCGGCGCUCCCCGCCUCUCUACACGCCACCCCUGCGCUGCCACUUCAAGGAGGAGGGCGGUGAGGGCGGGCCGGAGGAAGGGUCCGCCGGGGCUGGGCGGUGCAAGUACGCCCUGAGCACGCUGCCCAAGCGCCUGUGUCUGGUGUGUGGGGACGUGGCAUCGGGCUAUCACUACGGCGUGGCCUCCUGCGAGGCCUGCAAGGCCUUUUUCAAGAGGACCAUCCAGGGGAACAUUGAGUACAGCUGCCCAGCAUCAAAUGAGUGCGAGAUCACCAAGCGGCGCAGAAAGGCUUGCCAAGCGUGCCGUUUCACUAAGUGCCUCAAAGUGGGCAUGCUCAAGGAAGGAGUACGUCUAGACCGGGUGAGGGGAGGCAGACAGAAAUAUAAGAGACGGCCCGAGGUGGAAAGUGCUGAGUAUCAGAGCCCUCCACUCCCUGUAAGGAAAGAGGGGGAGAGAGCAUCACUGCAUGGUAAUCAUGCUCAGGCCGGCGUGUGUUACUCAGGCUCUUCGAACAUCAUCGUGUCCCACCUGCUAGUGGCAGAGCCAGAGAAGCUGUUUGCCAUGCCAGACCCCCUGCAACCUGACAGCGCCCUACGCACACUUGCUACCCUAUGCGACCUGGCUGACCGCGAGCUCGUCGUCAUUAUCGGCUGGGCCAAGCACAUCCCUGGCUUCCUGUCCCUGUCGUUGGCAGACCAGAUGUCGGUCCUGCAGUCUGUGUGGCUGGAAGUGUUAGUCCUAGGUGUUGCCUUCCGCUCUCUGGGCUGUGAGGACGAGGUUGUAUAUGCCGAGGACUUUGUGCUGGAUGAGGAGAUGUCACGCCUGGCCGGACUCAGCGAGCUAAAUGCUGCCAUUAGCCUGUUGGCACGGCGGUACCGGACCCUGGAGCUUGACCGCGAGGAGUUUGUCAUGCUAAAGGCCAUCGUCCUCACCAACUCCGACUCGGUGUACAUCGAGGAUGUUGAGGCAGUUCAGAAGCUGCGGGACCUGCUGCACCAGGCACUACUGGAGCUGGAGAGCCAGCGGAGGCCCGAUGACCCCCGGAGGGCUGGCCGCCUCCUGCUCACCCUGCCCCUACUCCGGCAGACAGCUGGCCGCGCUCUCUCCACUUUCUACAGCAUCAAGACACGUGGUGGUGUUCCCAUGCACAAACUCUUCCUGGAGAUGCUGGAGGCCAUGAUGGAUUCACCAUAGGGAUGGAGGUGGCGGGGCACGAGGGUCGGAAGGCAUUACAGGAAGUGAGCAAUGCAGACAGGAGGGAGGAUGAAGCUUUGGGGUUGAAGUUGUGAGUCAGUGGCUAUGAGCAGAAUCUAACGGAAGCGUAGGAGGUGUUGUGUGGGGAACGUGGGUGAUCUAAGGGCUAUGUGUCAGGGCAGGGGUAAUUGUCCUCGUGCAGGGGGUAGCUGGUUGGCCUAGAGGAUUAGGUGUAAGUAUUCCUUUAAUAAGCCAUGUAGAGGUACAGAGAGAGAGUCAAACCCUUUUUGAUGGGAUGGACACUCCAGUGCUAGGAUACCGUGUUGCCCGUCUCACACAGGCACUCGCCGCACCCUGUAGCCAUUCGCUGGGGAUGAGAAUUCGACACGGGGCACGAACAAAGAGAUGGAAAGACACAUACAGACAUAGAAAAUCAUGUUUAAAACCAUUAACCACUGUUCAGUACUUAAACUCACUUUUUAUAAAACUUUUAGAAUUCUUAAUGAUGAAUCGCACUCGGUAAUCAGUUUUUAUUUGGCUUUACGUAAUACCCUUGGUUGGCUGAAUCAGACUAUCUGCUCUUAACAUUUCUAUUAAGCUGUACUACCUCCAGGUAGGUUGCAGUUUUUGUCCUGAAAUUAGAAGUUGUCCUGACCCACAAGAAAAAAAUGCAUAAAUGUGGUUAAAAUAUUAAAAAUUAAAAAUAUUUUAGUUGUCCAGAAGACCUAAAGGUGUAUUCAUGCAUUUUAAUAGGCAUUUUAUGCCAGUAGUUUUAAAUUGUCAUCAGUAGCAAUAGAUUCACUCAUUCAUUUGGUUAGACAUGUUACGUGUGCACCCGGACACUUUACACGCAGGCAGCUGUUAGUGUAUAGCUGUGUUGUAAACACAUACAGUUGAGAACUACACGGAGAUAAAGGGAAAGUAAUGUCAGCCUACUUCAGGAUUUAAAAUAAAGCAAUAUGUGAAGAAACACAACUUUAGCAAUCAUUAGUGAACGAGAACAUUGGGUUGUUUUACCACUGGACUUGGGUUCGAGUUCUUUCAGCACUGGCAACUGACAACAUAGUAAAUGUGUUUUGUACCCGUUAAUUGUUUGUGGGUGUUAAACUGCAUAAGCCAGAGAACUGCUGUACUGCUGUUUUUAAAGUUUAAGGGCCCUGUCUGUGUAAGGCUUGUGUACCCUUUAAAAGCUGUGUUUAGUGUAAUGAGCACAUUGUGAUGCAUUGCUCCUAUGGAAGGGCCUUCAUAGAACAUGAAUGACUAGCAGUCGUCGUUGGCAUAAAUAUUUAUUAAUGUUUAUAUCCUGCUAAUUAAAGUGUGACAGAGAACUGAUGAAGGUCUUACCUAGGGCUCAUUAACUAGUGUCCCCUUUUUAAGUGGGUCGCUGAAGAACAGUUUAAAAAAAAAAAAAAAAAAAA